GCUCUCUCUAAACACUGCCAUUUGGCAGGUAAUGAAGGGUAGCAAAUGGAUUGAGUGCUCUGGCUGUCUUUUGUUUUGAAAUCAUAAUGUAGUCUUUAACCCUGGAUCUGAGAUACUGGCUUGGCAAAGUGGGUUGUUUUGCUUGCUUGGCAGUGAGUACUUGACUUGUGGUUUUCAACACAUUUGCUUUCAACCUCUGCUGGAGGUGUAGUGCCCCAAGAUUAAGGAGUAAAUGCUUCGUUCAAAUGAAGGUUUGGCUUGUGACUUUGUUGCUAACCACCUCGAGGCUGGAGAGCGCAAUUUUGCACAAAAUCUGAGGGUCUCUCCAAUGGACGUACUAUUGGUUUGGCAAGCCUCUGGCAGCAGACGAACGAAACGACGCAGUAAUACUCAAGAUUCAGAGCUGCGAGCCACGGGCCGUGCUGCCAAAAUCGGCCUUGGCUGAGGAAAAGAAUAAAUCUGCGGCGCUGCAAAUACGCUACACUAUACUGUAACUGUCCGCACUUUUUUCCAGAUUCGACGGUGGGAUUAUUACCACACAUCUCAUCUCAUCCUGAGGUUUGGAUGUUGAGACUCGAAAGUCAAGUCUCUGAUCAACCGAUGAUGUCCGAGCUCGGGAACGACGACACGGUCGAAGGUAGAUGCUCUGCCUUGGAAGCACGGAUUGUGAACCACCAUCUGAGGAUCGCGCAGCUUAAGGACGCGAUCCUGGAGGAGGAAGCAGCCAUCGCUGCCUGUAAAGCGUCAUUGAAUGACCUGAGGCCUCUGAUCAAUGUCAAGUUACACCCAGACCUACUUUCCCAAGUCUUCUUUCACUAUGCUACCGACUGUUACUCCGAGUUCAUAGACUUCUGUCGUGAGCUGGAACGUGCAGGGCGUGUAGAUACCGCCGCGCCGUACGAAUGGUUCCAUGUUGCCCAGGUGUGCCGUUACUGGCGGAAUGUCGCAUUCUCUUCUCCACAACUAUUCACGCUCCUAUGUCCGUACGGGAUUGAUCAGCUUCAUCUAUGGGUGAAGCACUCAGGGACGCUCCCUCUGCGAAUCUUCACAGAAUUUCCAGGCUAUGAUGAUGUCGACUUUGCCGAUUUAUGUGAUAUCGUCAUUGCACUACUUCCGCGUAUGCGACAGUUACAUCUUGACGUGCCGUCGAGUAAAGGCCUUUCGCCCCAGCCUCUCGCAGCUCCAAACGUCACAGUUCUCCACGAGCUAAAAUGGGUCAUGCUUGAUUCAUAUCCGGGCACGUCAACACAUCAGAAUGACCAUCGCAGACUUCUACGCUUCAUCCUCCAGACUCCCAACUCUCAACUCCAAACUCUCGAACUCUCGAAUACCCCCUUGCAUUGGGUGCACACUACACUCCCGCGUACUCUAAGAGAACUAAGGAUUGAAUGCUUUCGUCAUGAGCAAUUUCGGGGGCCAUCUGAUUGGCUCUUUGUGGCGGAAUUGGAAGGCCUGCGACAUUUGCAAUGUCUCAGCAUCACUUCGACAAUAUACCCGUAUGACGAGGACAUGCCACCACCAAAAAUUGCUCAAGUCCAUCUGCCAAGUCUGAAGACCUUAACACUCCAAACAUCUCUAUCCCGUUGUAUUCACAUCAUCGGGUCCCUCUCGUUCUCCCCUUCUGUCGUCAUCGACCUGCUCUGCGAGACAAACAUCACAACAAAGACUGAAAUAACCUCCCUAUUCUCAACGUUAGCACGUAAUCUAUGCACGGCUCAUUCACGCGAUGAAGUCUCACAGUUUUCCCAUUUCUCUGCGAUCGCCAACCCAACCUAUGUAGAAUUUAUGGCUUGGACUUCACUUUAUCCUUCGCAACCUCACAGGAACCAACUUCCGCCUCGCAACACAGCAUCUUUCCGCGUGUCCACUAAAUAUAUGUCGCUGACCGCCAACCCCGAGCCUCCUGCUACCGCUUUCUCGGAACUUGUCCGUGUUAUUGGGCCGAUGCUGCACACAGUGAGAUCGCUUUUCGUCCAUAACGGUUGGUAUGGCUUCAAUGAAGACAACAUUACUUCUUGCCUUCGAACGUUACUCAAUUGCAUGCCGGAACUCGAACACUUGCGACUCUUGGAAGAAAAGGCAUCUAGUAUGUGCGCAGUCCGGCUCCUCACGCCUGUCGAUAACACUUCGUCCGUCUCUUCUCUUCCCCACUUGAUAUCACUCGACAUGCCAAAAUCUGGCACUGACGAAUCUAUCACAACAUUGACCGACUUGAGGGACGUCUUAAUUCAACGACGACGUGAAGGAUAUGGUCCUCGAGUUCUUGGUUUCGUCAAUGCACUUACCUACGGUAAUGCAUAUGACCAACAGUGCCUCGAUUUGUUCAAAGAAAUUGUCGACGUAGAAGUUCUACCAGAUCAAUAGAGUGAUAUGUAUCUGACUCGGUACGGUCCAACAGUGUUUCAAGUCGCAACUCCCAGGCGUGCUGGAGUACGGUGUAACUUACAUGAUUCCAAUUCACAUUUUGCACUGAUAAUGGCAC